AUGGAUCCUCCCUCUUCACCGCAGCCAGCUGCUGAUGCACCGAGCCCCUUCAACAAUGCUGCGGCCGAUACUAUCCUUCGCUCUUCCGAUCUCAUCGAUUUCCGCGUGCAUAGUGUCAUCUUGAUCGAGGCCUCUCCUUUUUUCAAACGUAGGCUCAGCCAAGUAGGGGACACCGUAGCUACCGACGGACGUCCUGUGGUCAUACUUUCAGAGGAUAGCACAACCCUCAACAAUCUCCUUCGGUUCUGUUAUCCGGUCAUCGAUCCGGUAUUGGAAGACUUGAAGGAUGUCCAGUUAGUGCUGGAAGCAUCCAUCAAAUAUGAGAUGGAUCAAGCGAAGUUCUUAGCGAUAGAGGCGUUGCGCUCUUUCUCUGAGAGAGAGCCACUUCGCGUCUGGGCUAUGGCAUGUCAUUUCCAACUCGAAGACGAGGCUCGUGUCGCUGCAAAGCACACGUUAAACCGGCCAAUCUUGGACAAUAUGCCGCCAGAGAUGAAGAUGGAGGGCGUGUUUGCAGGCGCGUUCUUCCGUCUUCUGGAGUACCGUCGCCAGGAUGGGCGGGUGGACGACACUUUCACAUUUCUCAAUCGAGCAUCUUCACCGGCAAAAAAUGACCAGACGAAGGAACCAAUCGCCAGCACGAGCGUGUCUGAGACAGCGAUGGAUCAGUUCUUCGAUCAUCCCUAUGCUGAUCUUGUUUGCCGGUCUUCGGACGGGACAGAUUUCCGUGCGCAUAGGAUCGUGCUGUCGAUGGCAUCUCUUGUCAUUCGCGACAUGAUUGACAAAGCUACGCAAGCAGGAACGGAGGCUGCCGUGCCGGUUGGGCUGCCUGUUCUCCGACUCGACAUCCCCGGUCGCAUACUUGCAUUGCUCCUCAAGCUUUGUUACCCCCUAGAAAAGCCUGAAGAGCUGAUUGACGAUAUGACGAUAGUGGAGACUCUCCUUCAAGCGACGGUGCAGUAUGGGAUGGAUAGGGUUGGCGAGUCUGUGAAAGCUGCGUGGAGAAAGCUCGCUAGCCCAGAGCCACUCCGGGCAUAUCUAUUGUCUGCCCAGUCACCCAUCCAAUAUCUGGCCAGAGAAGCUGCGUCGCGCACAAUGCGGUAUGCACACCUGCAUAAGGAGUAUACUAAACAGAUGGAGCAGGCAGCUGCGGAAUGUUACUAUCGGCUCAUCAGAUAUCGAGACGAAGAAAGUGAUGCGAUGGGGAGGAUAAACCGAGAGCUGGGCUUGGGGACAUUCUGGUCUACGUACAAUGAUGAACCCGUAGAAGGAUCUAUCCAAGAGUGCUCCUCGUGCUCCGAGGUUCUUCCAGACAGAACACGGCGGAAGACCUGUUUAAAUUGCGCGAAAAAAAGCCUGAACGCACAAGUCACUGUACGACUAUCGGCAUCAUUUGCCUCGCGGCCAGAUGCAUUGACCGGCAUCCACGGAGAAGACAUCGUACUGUUCUCAAUCCAGAACAAUCUUUGGUGCCCUAGCUGCGGGCAGAUAGCGACAUUCUGGGAGGAGGCAGAGGAUUAUGUCCAGGAGCAAUAUCGAACCGCGUUGUCUUCGACCCAGGUUUUCAAUCAAAGUAGAAUAUUUGCAUCAAUGGUGCUGUAUUGGUACCUUUCGGCUGCAGACGCACAUUACUGCAGAGCUCAAUACGUAAACUUUGUAUCUUAUGUUCGGCCAAGUAAUAUUGUUGAAGUUCCGGUGGCAGCCUCGUAUUUUGGACGAUCAGACCGAGAUCAAUUGCACGCUCUUCCGCCACCCUUUCUUGGUGCCAACAUGUCAUCUGCAGCUGCAGAAGUCCUAUUAUCCCAUUACUUAAAAGUGUCAGACAGUGUACCACACAGGGCUUUCUUGUCUGAAACGGGCAGCACAGCGCUUCUCAGCAGCGUGGAUCAGCCUCCAGCUCAGACCCGUCGCUCCUUCCCCAACCACCUCAUGCAAUCUCGUGCUGCCUCCACCGACGCUUCGCCACCGUUUGACAAUGUAGCCGCAGACAUCAUCCUCCGGUCUUCCGAUGGCGUCGACUUUCGCGUGCACAGCGUGAUCCUCGCGGAGGCCUCUCCCUUAUUCGCGAACAUGUUCAGCUUGCCCCAGCCUCCAAAUCCUGAAAACCCACAGGAGGACAGCGCGGACACAAGGGAUGGUCGUCCAGUUGUUGCGAUGACGGAGGACAGCACGACGCUCGACAAUCUCCUGCGCGUAUGUUAUCCGAUUGCCGAUCCCCUGCUGACUGACCUGGAAGCGGUGCGAGGCAUAUUGGAGGCGGCUACGAAGUACGAGAUGGAGCAGGCGACGGCCGUCCUCUGCAAGAAGCUACGGUCGUUCGCCGCGAGUGAGCCGCUCCGCGUCUGGGCCGUCGCAUGCCGCUUGCAUCUGGAGUCAGAGGCGUUGCACGCCGCUCAGCAAGCCAUGUCACACUCCUUACUCGACGAGUUUCCACCGGAGAUGCACGAGAUAUCUGCAGGUGCCUACUUCAGGCUGUUGCACUUCCAGCGCUUGAAUGGACAAGUGGACGGCUCGUUCAGCUUCUGCAGUCCGGCCCCAUCCGACGUCGAACAGACUGCUGAGGAAGAGGACGUGCCUCAGGUCGACUUUUACGCUCACGCAUACACAGACGUCACCUGUCGCUCCUCGGACGGAGUCGACUUCCCAGCGCACCAGAUCAUCCUAUCCUUGGCAUCUCCCGUCCUACGUGACAUGCUCAAUUCUGCUGCACCACCGAAGCCGUCUGUUUCGGAAAACAGCAUCUCUACCUUGAACCUGCCCGAGGACAGCCGCACAUUGUCGGUUCUCGUCAAGCUUUGCUAUCCCAUCGACCAGGGCAAGCUGAUCGGCGAGAAUUUAUCACUGCUGGAUUCUCUCAUGCAAGCAGCCGCCAAGUAUCAGAUGACGCGCGUGUCCAACGCCCUCAAGAACGAAUGGGAGGACUUCGCAUAUCGCAAGUCUGUGCGCGCCUUCCUCAUCGUCGCGCGCUCGGGUCCGGAGCUACAUCCAUAUGCGCAGGAGGCGGCGAUGCGGAGUCUCAGAUUCGCCUAUGCUGAGCAGGUCUACGUAGACGAGAUGGAAAGGACUCCCGCGGACGUGUUGCGCAGAUUGCUUAGGUACCGUCGGGCGUGCCGCGAGGCGGUGACGAGAGAGAACGAGCAAUUAAACCUGGAUGCACUUUGGGAUCUGCCCAAGCCUGAUGAGGGUGAUUUGCAAGGGGCAUCGGUGAAGGAAGAGCACAAAGAGGGCGAAGCCACGUCUUCGUCUGAAGAAAAACCUGAGAUCAGCGAGGAGAAGAAAGCGUCGCUAACUGAGGACAAGCAAACAACUGAAGAAGCGGACGAGACAAAGCCCGCCGAGGGGGACGGCCUUCAGCCGCCACCACCACCGGCGUCAGGGAGCGCGCCGGAGCAGGAGAGCAUGCCAAAGCAAGAGGACGUGCCAAAGCAGGAGGACGCGCCGCCCACCUGUUCUUCGUGCGGACAAAGCGGUGCUGCGAUGCACUUCAGACGGAAAAUGUGCCACAAAUGCGCGCGGGACUGGAUCUAUGACAAUGUGACGGACGCGAUGGGCAAGGAGCACAAGACGGACGAGGAUGAGCGGGAAUACGACCAGGGUGUGUUCUUGCGCUCCUACCAGGAGGGAUGUUACUGCACGGAGUGCGAGCCAAUCGCUAAGUUCCUAACAGGAUUGCACGAGUACGUCUCGGUGAGGGUAAAGAAGGUGCUGUGUGAGGUGGGCAUCGUCCAGCUUGAGCCGGCAUCGCUGUAG